AUGUUAGGUGCCAUAAACAGUACAUUUACUGGAGCUCCGGCUUUUCUGCGUUUCGCCUUGACAAAACUUGCGUUUUGGCUAAACUGGACUAUGGCAGCGCGGUUUUCGAUACUAAAUUUAUUACUCACACCCAACCCUUUGAGUCUGUUCAAAAACUUGCAGCGAGAUUGAUAACUCGACACUUCGAUUAUACCACUGAUAGUGUUCAACUUGCCAAUGAUUUAAGCCUUCCUAAAUUGACCAUUCGCCGUCUCUACUUUCGUCUAGUCAACUACUAUCGUGUUUUCCAUCGUUUAUGCACUUUAAAUCGCGACAAACUUGUUAUAUGUAGAGAGGAAAAUUUUUUUGUAUAUUAUAAUCCUCGUUAAAUAAAUUAAACUAACUAACUAUUGGAGAAUGAUGAAUAAAACACAGUGUUGUACACAAAAUGGGACUCGAAAUACUUCUGGCAUAGAAAAAUGCAAAAUUUAACGUGUUUCAAAUUCAAACACAUCAGUUUUUCUAAAAGGUACGCUGUCAAGCAUUUAUAUACUGAAUACAUAAUUACUGCUAUUAUUGUUAACGAAGUUAAUAAUUUAGUUGAGAGGUUUUUGAACCUUUUUCCGAUUUGUUUUUUUGUUAACAUAUCGAAACGUUUAGUUAAUAUAUAUAGCUAAUAUAUAUUUAUUAAUAAAGCCGAAAGAAAAAAGUUCAGAUAUAUAUAAUUGUGCCAACUUUUAUUUACGAUGGCUCUCAAAAUUAUUGAGCCAUGUUUAUUCUCAGUUUUUCUCCUUCAAGACAGCUACAGCGAAUCUAAGGAAUGCUUUGAAUAGCCUAAUGCGUUUCCAAACUGGUCUAUGACAAGUAAAGGUUUCACUAAAGUUUUUAGUAUUUGUCCAACACAUUUACGAAGACAAACUUUUAAAAUAAUGCAUUAUAGCUCAUUUUAUAGCCAUUGAAAUUCUUUGUCGAAUGGUACAUAAUAAUUGAUACUUGCUCUAUGUGGAAGAGAUGGAUAAUGUAAAUGCUGUGAGUAAAGUUGACGUUGGGUAUUCGUUUUUAAUAUACGUUUAAGUCACAGUAGAAUCAGCGGUAAAAAACUUAAAGGAUAUCUUACUAUUUAUUAUCGAAAAAACAAUCAAAUGUUCUCGGUUAUAUUUCGAAUAACUCCAGAACUAACACAAAUAAAUAAGUGAUGCUUUAAAAAUUCAGAAACCAAGCCUUUAAUUCAGUUCUUGUAUAAAACAGCUGUGAAAACCGUUUUUUAGACCAAACUUUUGAGAGGAUCUUUUCAGCAGUUCUAAUAUUGGGUUUCUUUUACUUGCAAAUAGUUUAACAGAUUUACUGGCAAAAUACCGAACAGAUACAGUGGGUUUAACCUGUGGCAGGACAAGAAAUGGAGUACAGUGAUGUAAAUAUGGGAAGACUCGGAAUGGCUUUCAUACGAGAAAGCGCAGAAAAUAACAAGUCUCAACCUGAAAUACAUUAGAUUCUUGUAAACGUAUGCAUACGUAUGCAUAUGCGUAUAUCAUAAUUAUAGACCCCCAUAACAUGUACAUAGAAAAAUGUUUAUUUUAUUACAAUAAGGAAUGAUAUUGAUCUGCUAGUGGCACGGCUAUGUAAGACUAAUUACGUACUAUCUGAUUCCCUAGCAUCUCUCUUUUAUCUUUUGUUCUUUGAAGGAAAAAAUGGAGAAAACUGGAAAAUGCCUGUAACAUAAUUAUAGACCUUCUAACGAAAAAUCAUAUUUUCUCAUCAUUUAAAGCGUCCAAAACCUCCAGUUUUUAUAUUUCAUUCUAAUAUUAACUAUUGUCUACCUUUUUCAUUUUAUUUGAGGUU